AUGGACACCACUUCGCAACGAGGUGCCAGUCCUUCUGUCGGCACGUCGCAGGAAGAGCGGGAACGCAACGUGUUGCGUCUCGCUCCCGAGAAGAAGGCAUGGAUGCCUCCUAAAUCCGUCAUGGAUCACUUGUCGGCGACGACGAGUGAUUGUUAUCGAACACGGUCGUUCGAUUCGUCAAGGAUCCAUCACCUUGACCCCAGCGCGAAAAACUAUCGCGCUGAGAGUGAAUUCUUCAUCGAUGCUUUCUUUAGACAUCGAUGGUACAGUGGGAAUCACAAGCGUGAUGGUCCCUCACUGCUUCAAGCGUGGAACGCUUACAUCCAUAACCUUGAGGAUGUAGGUCGUGACGUUUGGAACGACAAACUUAUCAAAGCUCGUGAUAAGUUUGAAAAGCGAACCCCGACAGGUGCACGCUACAAGCUGCAUCGUCUGUCAAGGGAGAAAGGAUUACCCUGCCUCUCUUGGGGAGACUCGCGCCCAUGUUGUGUGAACAACUCUGCACGAGCACCUAAGGAGGCUUACCUCCUUGCUAGCCCUUGGUGGCGCGUACGUAUCUCUACUGAGAUGUACGAAGGGAUUGACAACCUGAAAUCCCUUUACGACCGUGCCGGGAAGACUUUCUCCGGCGGUCCUUCUGCGGAACAGGAUGUGCCGCGUCGUACUGCUCAACCAGACCCAGUACGUCAACCAUCAGUUGGGAGCGGGGCUCCCAAGAAUCCCAGGACGGGGGAUAGCCGCGCCACCGGACGAGAUAACUCGUCCGACGUCCGUUCACGUUGCGGUGGUUCAACAGCUGAUCAGCUAGAUAGCGCUGGCCACCGCGAGAGUCCUCUAAUGGAGGUGGAGGAGAAGGGAAGACGCUCUCCACACAAUCGUGGGGAUCCGUGUGUUCCCGAGAGCUUCUUUGAUCGCGUAACGCAAGGGUUACGCGGCGAUCUCGAACUUGAGCGGAAUAGGCGUCUUCAACUGGCGGACACUGCCUCGAAGCAUCGAGCUGAGUUCGCCUUGCUCAGCUUGAGAACGAGAGAGCUCUGA